UCUUCAGUACCUCUGAUUCUAAAUCGUCUAUUUCUGCAUCUGACAGACUGAUUCAGAAGUGAAAAAUCACUAAUUAUUUUGUGGUUUCAAAAGUAAUAAACCUUCUUCUAUUGUUAUCAAGAUUUUGAUCUAUCUAUAUAACUGAAAAUGAGUCUCAAAACACAGACCUUCAAAAUUUUUUCAAUUCCCCUAUCAGUAUUUUUUCUACUUCUUCUCGUUUCCGAUCCCAGCUUGAUCCUCGCCCGACCAUCAUAUGAAGACGUUUCGAACAUCGCCAACACUCUGCGAUACUUAGAGUCCUUGGAAAAAUAUUACUCUCAGAUUGCUCGACCUAGAUUCGGAAGAAGUCUUUAUAAGAGCUUCAACGCCGAAAACCACGUGGAUCCCAAAACGUUUGAGAUGAUUUUGGACCAACCUGACGAUAGUCGUCGAUAAUCAAAAGACGUUCUGAAUGGAAACUACCUUAAUUUUUGUCUCCAAAUAAAUAUGUUUUUCAUGGCUUAUUAGGGCUUUGCUGGUUGUUUAAAAGUCGAUACAAUUAAACUAUGUAGUUAAAUACAACUUGUAUGUAUAAUGGUGAAUAAAUGACAAGCAUUUAAACAAAA